AUGACCCGCUUACUCACCACCUGGCUCCGCCCUCGCUCUCCCGCUGCAGAUCUCGCCAAACCACGCACCCCUCGCCACACUAAGGAAUUUAAUUACUCUGUUCCAAAGCCCAGUGCUGAUGGUGGAUCAGAUGGUCAGGAGUGUUUGAGGAUUGUGCUGAUCGGGAAGACAGGAAAUGGGAAGAGUGCAACAGGAAACACUAUUCUGGGAGGAAAUGCGUUUGUGAGUGAAUCAAGCUUAGAUUCAGUGACGACUGUGUGUAAGAAAGGAGUUGGUGAAGUUCUUGGUCGAUCAAUAGCUGUUGUUGAUACACCCGGACUCUUUGACACAACACUGACAAAUGAUCAAGUGGUGGAAGAAAUAAUGAAAUGUGUUUCUUUGUCGUCACCUGGACCUCAUGUGUUCAUCAUUGUGGUGAGUCUGGGAAGAUUCAGCAAAGAAGAAGCAGACACUGUAGAUCUGAUAAAGAAGAUCUUUGGUCAUAAAUCUGCUCAGUUCAGCAUCGUCCUGUUCACUAGAGGAGACGAUCUGAAGAACAAAUCCAUAAAACAAUAUGUCAGUGAAAGUAAAAAUGCAGAACUAACAAAGCUGAUCAGAGAUUGUGGCGACAGAUUCCUGAUGUUCAAUAACAGAGAAAAACAAGACAAAACUCAAGUGGUUGAACUGCUGAACAUGAUAGAAGAAGUGAAAAACACCAAUCAGGGUCAAUGCUUCACUAACAGCAUGUUUGAGGAGGCAGAGAUGUCCAUUAAAAAGAGAUUCAAGGAAAUAAUGAAAGAGAAAGAGAGAGAAAUUCAGGCUCAGCAUGAAGCAAUAAAAGCCAGAUAUGAGAUGGAAAUGCAGAGAAUAAAGAAGAGACAUGAGGAAGACAAACAAAGGGCAGAUAAGGAAAGAAUGGAAAUGAAGAAUCAAAUAGAACAAGACAGAAAAGAAAGAGAUCGUCAGAGAAGAGAGAUAGAAGAGCUUCAAAGAGAGAAAAGUCAAAUUGAUUUGAACCAUAAAGAUGAAAUGAGAAUGAUUCAGAUUCAAUUUGAAGAUGAAGCCAGAAAACAUGCAGAAGAAAAGAAUGAUUUCAGAGACAAAACAAAUCUGAGGAAUUUAAAGGAAAAGCUGGCCUAUAAUUAUGAGCCUUCGAGGCGAGAUAGAAGUCAGGGGGAGAUCGGGGGACGAACAAUGUGCAGAGGAGAGAAGUAA